AUGAAGAACAAGUCAGCAGGCACAUCGGAGGUGGUGGUAGCGAUGUCGGAUGCCUUGGGGAGUGAAGGUGCAAUGUGGACCCAUCAGAUCUUAGAAAAGCUUUGGAAUGGAGAGAAUAUCCCAGAAGAUUGGAGGACAAGCAUACUAGUGCCAGUGUAUAAAGAGAAAGGCGAUGUAUUAGAAUGUGGGAACCACCGUGGUAUCAAGCUCUUGGAACACCUCUUGAAAGUUGAGGAAAAGAUCCUGGACCAGAAGAUGCGAGAAGUGAUGGUUAUAGGAAACAUGCAGUUUGGCUUUAGACUGGGGAGAGGCACGACAGAUGCUGCAUAUGGUAGAGAACUGGACUACUGGUGUCUAUGGAAGAAAGGAGUUCCAGAGGACCUCAUUAACAUCGUGAAGGAUACCUACAAGAGUGUAACCACAAAGGUCAGAACGUCACAGGGAACAUCGGAAGAAUUUGAAGUGAAAGUCGGCCUUCACCAAGGAUCAAGCCUGAGCUCACUCCUGUUCAUCAUAGUUAUCGACGUGGUGAGCGAGGAGUGUAGAAGAGGAUUGCUCUGGGAAAUGUUAUUCGCCGGUGACUUAGUCAUUUCAGCGACGGGUGAAAAGAACUUGGAAACAAAGCUCAGGAAGUGGAAGAAGGCACUCGAGGGUCGAGGGCUAAAAGUGAACAUGAAGAAGACUGUCGUCAUGAGAAGCAGCAAAGGAGCAAGAAGAAAGAUAAACACCAAAGAGGAGAGCAGCGCAAAGUACGACCAAGUUUAUAAGUUCAAGUAUUUCGGCAGCACGAUGGCAAGUGAAGGAGGAUGUGAGGGAGCAGAGAAAGACCGUGUGAAGGCGGCGUGGGCCAAGUGGCGAGAGGUUUCUGCCGUGAUGUGCGACAAAAAGUUACCAGCCAAGCUGAAGUCUAAAAUGUACAAAACUGUGAUAAGACCUGUGUUAUUGUACGGAGCAGAAAUUUGGGCCUUAGGAAAGAAAGAAGAGAGCCUGCUACAGAGAACGGAAAUGAGAAUGCUGAGGUGGAUGUUGGGAAUCAGUCUAAGAGAGCAGAGAACAAACGAAGAUGUGUUAGCUGAAGCAGGAGUCACAAGCAUUAGUAGCAAGACCGAAGAAGCAAGACUCAUAUGGUUCGGCCACGUGAAGAGAAGGGUGAGGAAGAAGGCAUACGGAAAGCGAUGGAUCUGCCUAUCCCUGGAAAGCGGAGCAGAGGUAGACAAAGAAAGAGGUGGCUGGAUUGUGUGA